CACCACCAACAGCAUCCCCAAGAACAUCACUGAGAGCAUCUUUUAUAACAGAACAAAAUGAAGUCUGCUGUAGCUUUUGUUGUUCUUGCUUGUCUGAUCAUUGUGGAAGGACAGAAGACCAGUGUGAAUAGGUGUUUAUGUCAGGGUCCUGGUCUGAACAUGGUUCGUCUGCAGCGUGUCGAGAAGAUUGAAGUCUAUCCUGCUGGUCCUUCUUGUGACAACGUGGAAAUUAUUGUUACAUUCAAGAACGAUGGAGGGAAAAAAUGCCUGAACACAGAAUCCAAGUUCGCCCAGAACUACAUCAAGAAAGCCGUUGAGGAGAGAACUACUCAGUAAAGCAUGCCUGUAGCAGACCAUUCAAGAAGAUACAGAAGACGACAGUGUGCCUUCUACUACUAUAUUUCAGAUAUUGUAAAAAAAAAAAUAUGUAAAUAAAAAUUGUUCAAGUUUGUAUAAUGUACAUGCUUUGUAGAAAUACACAUAUUUUUGGAUUUUUUUUUGUACAAAUAUGUUUAAUUUAAAAAACUCGGACCUGUACAGAUAAAGAGAAAUGCAAUGUGUUCCUCAUUGUA